CUCUGUUGUGAUACCCUGUUCUUUCACCACCAGUUAUUACUUUACACCCCAACAUCUAGUUUGGUACAAAUAUGAACCAUCCAAACCAAACUGUGGUGAUUCAGACAUCAUAUUCCACACUAACAAGAACAACAACAAAACUCAGUCUGGGUUCAAAGGACGAGUGUCACUGUUGGAGCCUGAUGUGAGUCGGAGGAACUGCAGCAUCAUCGUCAAUGACCUCACUGAGUCAGACUCUGGAUCAUAUCAGCUCAGAGUUAAUGGUUUACUGUAUUGGAAUACAGAUGGAUUUACAUUCUCUCCAAGAACAACUGUCUCUGUUAAAGAUCUGACCCAGAAGCCCACAGUGAUGAUUCCUCCUCUGACAGAGGGACAGCAGAGCACACUGAGCUGCAUUGCUCCUGGUCUCUGCUCUGGAUCUGUUCCUGAAAUCAGCUGGACGUGGAGAGGAGCAGGAGAGAAGGACUCUCACAUCACAGGAAACAUCACUGCUUUCAGGACUGAGAAUCUGACUGCUGUCACUCAGAGACACAGCUCAACCCUGACCUUUAACUCUUCAGCUGAACACCACGGCACCAAUGUCAGCUGUAAGGUCAGCUUCACCAACAACAUCACUACAGAGGAGACUGUCACUCUGAAUGUGGCCUAUGUAAAGGAAGUUACAGUCACUGGGAAGACAAGUGUGAAGGAGGGUGAGACUCUGAUUCCGAGCUGCAGUGUUGAAAGUUUCCCUCCAUCUCUCAUCAAGUGGUAUACAUCUUCUGACAGAAACAUGCAAAACGGAACAGAAACAAAUCUGCAAAAACGACAUUUUAACUGACCUGCAGAAAGAAACUGAGACCUUCCUGCAGGAAAACAAUAAAAUGGAGACUUUGGUCAUCUCUAACAUGACAACUACAAAUUCUGGAACGUACUUCUGCAUUGCAAAUCAUCUGAACAACA